CAUAAAAUUAUCUCCAUGGGUUUUUUUAAAAUCCCUCUCUUUUCUGUCAGCUUGUGCCUAUGUGGUCAUGCACUUCAUAAGUCAAGAUUGUCAAAUGAGACUCAGCAGCCAAGUUCUCUGAAAAGCUAAUACCCAACUUCAAAACAAAUUAUAACAGUACGUCAGGAAUUACACUCCUUCUAAGCAUAGGUGGAAGAAACUGUCUUCAAGCUGUUCCAUUUUAAUAUGUCCCCUCUCUUGGAAAAGUAGUCCCAGAUGGCUAUCAUGCAACUGUUCUCCUCACUGUAACUUUGCCAAAGCUAAGGAUAAAUAAGACGUACCAGGUAAAACAGGAUUCCAUUUUCCUGUCCCCUUCUUGCUGUGCAAUCUCAUCCUUCUUUUGCAGCUCUAUCAAGAUGUGUCACCCCUUUCCAGCAUUCCUAAUGGUUUCCAUCAUUCUCAUGCGGCCAGGCACCUUUGCUCAUGAGUUUCCCAUUCAGAGUCAACAUCAUCACGAUCAAUAUUGGUACCAGACAACAGUAGAUCAAAUCCCAGUGAUCAGUGGAGGCACCUGCAAAGUGAUUGCUGUCAAACGCUGCUGCAACCGCAACCAUAUUGAAGAACGGUCCCAAACUAUCCAAUGCUCCUGUCUCCAAGGCAAAGUGGCUGGCACAACCCGUGGCAAACCUUCUUGUGUGGAUACCUCCAUUGUGACAGGAAAGUGGUGGUGUGAUAUGCAGCCCUGCCAGGCUGAAGAGGAAUGCAAAGCAUUACCUGACAACUCAGGCUGGAUGUGCUCCUUAGGAAACCGUGUUAAAACCACCAAGGUAAGGCCUCUCACAACCCUGACAAAAGUCACGUCUGUACAGGAUGCCACUUCUUUUCCUGUAUCUCAAAUGUGUAUCUAGUCUUAAGGAAUGUGAAGGUUUUGUUUCUUUCUUUUUAAGCCCAUUGUACAAAUAGUGGAGGAGAUUUGAUUUCCAUUUAACAAUUAAUCAUGGCUUGUUUUUCAGAUCCAUCCCAGGAAAUAAAAGUCUGUUAUAAUGGAAAACCCAUCUCUGAAGAGGGCAUGACAGAAUUUCAAGUAGUGGAAUUAUCAUCAACUUCAUGAUGAAUACUAGUGGGUAUGCAAACUUUUUGUCCACUGGGGAGGACAAAAACAUCAUAUUGCUGGAUGCACUGUGACUUUGCAGAAGACAAUGCUGCUUUUUGUUAAAGGAAAUGGAAUCAAAGACCUUUCAUUAACAGAAGGAAGAUUUAGCCCUAUUUGGGGGGUGGGGGGAACAGUAGAGCAAGUUGGUUCAAAUGAUUCUAAACUUUCUUGUGAAACACUGCUGAGACAUUUCCUAUAUAACUAUCAUUUUUGUCAAACGGAUAAUUAAAUUCUCCAAAACAGAUGCAAAAAAGCCAGUUUUGUAUUUACAUCUGUAAUAUAAUACAGAGUAUUUCUUUACAAUGAUAUUGAAAUACAAUUGCCCCACCAUUAGGCGAUCUUCAAGCUGGAGAAAAUGGACUACUAGGUCUUUAAAAUUUUAAUCCUAUCUUAAUAGGCCAUUUGAAUUCUGAAUUGAGGUCCUUAGCCCAAAAGGCCAAGUAUAUAAAACUGGAACUAAAAUUAUAUUGCCGGAUUAGAGGUGGCUUGGCUUAGAUGGGCAGGGGGCGGAGGGGUAAUGUCAAUUUAGAUCCCAAAAGAGCUUUGGGUUGUUUAGUAUCUAUAACUAAA